AUGGAGACAGGCGAAACAAUUCCCGGCUCGACGAACUUCACCAAGCUAAACGAAGUUGUCGGAAAGCCGCUUACUUACUCCAACAUCGAUAUCCAAUCCCUCGAUUGGUGUCUUACCGAGGCGACACAAAAGGCCCUAAAUUCUGAAUCCUGCGAGGGGGCAAUGCGCAACGCCGUCCAGUCGUUAAACAAGAAGUUCAUGCGGUGA